AUGGAAAAGCGCGAAGUGAGCGGCCGGGGCGAGCCCAUCCCGAGUAUACUAAAAAAAUCUAAAAAAAAUCGUUCAGGUGACCUCGUCGACAAAAGUACUAAGAUUCGAGGAGAAAAAAACGGCUUCAAAAAGGGUGAUGUAAACGUCCCCCUGCCUCAAGGCUGUACUCCACUUAUGUAUGCCUGUCAACAGGCGAACUAUAAAUCUGUUGUUGAAAUACUCAACAAAGAACCAUCAUCGGUACGCAUUCGUGACAGAAGCUUACGGUGCGCCCUGCACUACUGUGCGUCAAGUGGUGCGGGCGCAAACCAAGCUGCGCGUGCAGCGUGUGCAGAUCGCGUGCUAAUGGCCGCUCCGUCAUUGGCUGAUGCCCGCGAUGCUGACGGUCUGACGCCGCUACAUUUAGCUGUUGUUCACGGAAACGUGCCCCUCGUACAGACGCUGCUGGCAGCUGGUGCUGAUGUCAACGCAAAAGACAACGAACAACAUACCGUUGUUCAUUGGGCUACAGUUUGCGGUGAGGUGGGAGCGCUGCGGGCAGUAUUAGCCGCGGGGGCGGAUGCAGCCACUCCCGACCAGCACGGUGGCUACCCUUUGCACUACGCAGCUCAAAUGUGUGGGGCCCCAGCUGCUACCGAUCAUCAAAGCAGGGGAGCAGCCUUAGAAGUGCUUCGUGCGUUGGUCAAGGAGGGUGACGCUAGAGUAGAGGUUAGGGAUGCGGAUGGUCGCACGCCUUUAUUGUGGGCCGCAUCUGCUGGAUCAGCCGCUGCAGUGUUAGCUCUACAUCAAGCGGGAGCAAGCGUCGACGAUGCUGACAGAGAUGGUCUUACAGCUCUACAUUGCGCUGCUGCAAGAGGUCAUACUGAAGCCCUAGAAACAUUAGUUGGUCUGUGUGGUGCUCGUGUAGAUGUUGCUGACUCACAUGGCUGUACACCGUUACAUUAUGCAGCAGCAUUAGGCCAUGCAGACGCAACUUCUGCUUUGUUAGUACAUGGAGCAGAUGCGCAUAGACAGGAUCGAAGGGGUAGAAGUCCUGCUCAUACUGCAGCAGCGAAAGGGCAAAUUGAGACUGUACGUAUUCUUGGUGCAAGGGGAACUAAUCUGUGGCUGCGGAAUUCAAAAGGAGAUUUACCAUUACAUGAGGCUGUAGCAUCUGGACGUCGAGAGUUAGUGAAAUGGUUACUAGAUGGAAGACCAUCACAAGUUAACGCAACAAAUCAUGAAGGCCGAACACCUCUACAUAUUGCUGCAGCUACUGAUAAUGCUGAUCUUUGUCGUUUAUUAUUGGAUCGUGGUGCUGAAGUAAACCCCGUAGCACGGUCAUCUAAAAAUGAACCAUUGACACCUUUAGACUGCGCAGCGAGUAGAGGUCAUCGGUCUACUGCAAAAUAUUUACAAAUGCACGGUGGAUUACCUGCUUCAAAACUUUCUAAUACACAUAUAGUAAUUGAUGCUGCUCCUAUAACUUCAUUACCGACGCGAAAAGUAAUAAGUACAAAAAUAGAUGUACGUGACCGUAUUCGUAUAGAAAAACGUGAAGUAGUUGAGUUAUCUAGUCCAAUUUCCGAUAGAAGACACGUUAUAAAAAAAGAUGAUACGGAUUCUAGAAGUAGUAUCUCAUCUGAAGAUGAAAAGAUUAGAAAGAAAUCAAAAAAAAAUGCUGGUAGAUAUACUGGUCGGCGGGUGAAAUGUAUGGAAAAACAAAAAAGCUUUAGUGAUGGUUACGAUAGUGAGUAUGACGGUUAUAAUAAUCACGAAGAACAUACACAUAAAAUUAGAAAAGAGGUCAGGAGAGAAAAGAAAUGCAGAUCAAAAAGCGAGCCACGCCGUAGUAGAAGUUUUUCAAGACAUCGACAUAGAUAUUCAAGGUCUGUAUCAGGAAGCUCAUCAGAAACACCAAGCUAUUCCAAGAAAAGAAAAAGCAGGCGACAUAGAAAGCGUAGUAAGAGAAAAUCCACAUCAACAUCUGACAGCAGUUCUGAAUCAAGUGAAAGAAAAAAUACGAAACAUAAAGAGAAAAAAACAUCUAUUCUUAUUAAAAACGAGAACGAAAAACAGAGUGUGAAUAUUGUUAAAUUUAAAAAUAUAGAUACUGUUCAAGGAACUGAAAUUGAGGGAAAUGAGAAAAGCGACAUGUCGGUUUCUAAAUCUUUUGAAACGAACUUAGAAAUUGAGUCAGCGACAGAAACUGCAGUUGCCAAAAGUAAAACUCAUAGUGAAACAGAAACGGACACAAUAUCAGUCAAGACUAAUAUGGUAAUUACAGAAGCUCAGAUUCAUAUGGAACGUGAAUCAAGUCAGCAUGGCAAUUCUGAAUUAACAGUUACUUUAGAUUCAUCGAACAACGUUUCCAUAGAAACUACAAAUUUAUCCGUCACACAUAAAGAUUUAGAUGAAGAGAAGCAAGAUGAUAAACCAUAUUCAAUGGAAAUAGAAAAAGAUAAUGAUAAAAAUAUUUUAACAGAAAAUCAAACUGAAAUCAAAGGUGUAGAUAUUAAAUCUGAUCCGUCUGCAGAAGCAGCUAAAAUAGAAAAUAGUAGUAACUUAAAAACUGAUGAUGAAAAUAUGUCAAAGGAAAUGGUUGAUUCUGGUGAUGUUAAAAAUAAGGUAAAAGUAGAAAAUGUAGAAGAGAAAACUGAAUCUUCAAAGGUGGUAGAAAAAGAACAGAUUAGUAUUGACAAAGAACUAGAUACGAAAAUGCGAAUAGCAGAAGAACAAGAAGAAGUUAAACAAAAAGAUAGCAUAGACAAACGUUCAGAGUUUCAUAGAACGACUUCAUUUCAAAUUUUGUCUGGUCCAGAUAAAAUUAUUGCGGACGAUAACAAUGAAUCUAAUUUUAACAUUGAUGACAUUGAUAAAGAAAAAGAAGAUAAAUGUUCUCCCAGUGUUUCUUUUUCUAAUAAGGAUGAGGUAUUUAAAAUUAAGGAUCCUGAAAAUAAAAUUGAAUAUUUAAUGGGAGAGCAAAUAGUUCAUGACGAAAAUAUUUCUAAUGUUGAAAAAGAACCAAUCAAAAAAGGUGAUAGUAUAGGCGAAAAAAAUCAAGAUAUGUUACAAAAAGCUAGGAGCAACGAUACUGCACAAAUUCCUGAUAAGGGUCUUAUUACUAUUUUAGAUGAUGAUACAGUAGCACAAGAUCUCGCAAUACAACAAGCAGGUUUAGAAAAUGAAAAUGAUUACGAUACUACUCUUAAGCUAUCUCAAAUAUCACCUAGACGUAGUAAAUCUUCAAAAGAUAGCCAAACAAGCAGUCGAAAAAGCAGUAUCUAUGAAACUGAAAGCUAUAAAGUCCUCUCUGAUACUGUAGGCACAACAGAGUUAAGCACAGGAAUAUUAAAAAAAUCUAAUACUUUGAUAGAAGAAAAUUUACAAGACACAAACUUACGUCGAGAUAAUUCACUUGGCAGAAUUCCUAGUAUAAGUGAUAAUGAAAUCUACUAUAGCCACUCAGAAGCAAACGGUCGACGAAAACGGUUUAGAAAGAAAGGAAGAAUGAAAAGUCGAUUAACGAUUAGGUCCAAAAGUGAAAAUUCAGAGAGAGGUUAUGAAUCUAGUGGUUUAAUGGAUUCCGGUUUUGAACCAAGUCCACGACCAGUUCAACGCUUUAUUAUGAGUCCGAGACUUAAUGCCUACUACCAACAACGAAGAAGCGCUAGACAGUUGGGAAAAUUUGACAGCAAAAUACCAGUUCGAAAGCCUGGAGACAAGAGGGCUGUUGACAUGAAAUCCGUCACCCAAAGAAUACAAACAAACAUGAGAAGGUAUUAUUGUGAGCGAAAAAUUUUUCAACAUUUAUUAGAACUAAAACGUUUACAAAUCAGAACAAGUAAAGCUAAUGAGGCUGUUUUAGUGAAAAGAGCUAUUGAUGAGUUUAACAAGUCUAGCUUGUCUAAUGUUGGACUGGGACCUUAUAAUAGCACAGAUUAUUCAUUUAGUAGUUUUGAAAAAUUUCUAUAUGAUAGUCUACGAAAAUUACAAAAAAGUGGUAAAAGACAUUUAGAUAAAUUACCAGAGAGACCGAUAGAUUUUGACUAUGGAGAAAGCGAAUUAUAUAAAUUGAGUGGUGUUCCGGAUAACCCCUGUUUGUGUACUAGUAAAACUCAUCGCUGUUUCCAUGCCGUACACGCUUAUACAGGAAUUCCUUGUGCUGCGUACAUUCCCUUUAAAUGGAAUCAUCACACGAUGCCCAAAGCAGCAACAGCAGGUCCAAGUAAAUCGAAAAGCUUUUUGCCUAAAAUUAAUGCGAAACCUCCUUCUGGAAAGGCUCACGUAACUCUCGAGGUAUCACAUGGCACAGAAAGACAGUUAAUAGCUCUACCGGCUGAAAAAUUAGAUAAAAACAAAAGGUACUAUGUAACGUUUACGGUCAAAGGUUCAGAACCACCAUCUGAUAAUGAUAAUGCAUCUCCAAAAUCAGCUCUGAAGACAACGAGAAGUAGUUAA